AUGGUAAAAGCAAGCACGAAAUUCGGGGAUGUAAUAGAAGCUAAAAAUGGAGCAGUGACUCACCUCCAUUUGCCAGGCAAAUCUGUAAUAAACAGCCAUUACCGCCAUGGAAGUGAUCCCGAAGCUCGACAUGACUGCCGCCACCAAAUAAGUGAACCUCUCCGAUUUCUUCCGCGCCAUCUUCUCCGCCACGGCGGCAGGGGAGGCGGCGGAGGCUUCAACCGCUCCUCCACCUUCCUCCUCCGAAUGGACCGAUUUCUCAGUCUCCAGCACGAAGCACACCGUCAAAUUAGGUCUCCGACUGCUGCUUUCGCGCCACGACAUCCCCCGAUAUUUCCGGAAGAAGCUCGUGUGCCGCAAAUUAGGCGGCUCGACUACCGGAACGGGCCUUGGGACGAGAGACGGGCCGCGCCUGAAACGGGCCGCGGUGCUGGAGGCGAAAGAAAUUCCGGCCGCCAUAGGAGCUGCUUCGUCACACCGUCGCUAGUCACACGCCUCACGUCGCACCCUGUCGAGUCAGACUCCAGCCGAUCGUCGGUGUUAUUUGCAAACCCUUGA